GUUUCCCUCUUUAUCUUGACGGGUCACGCACCGACCCUUUCCUUUACCAAGAUGGCGGCAGGUCUCUCAUAUUUGGCAUAACUGUGUCGAGAGCCCAUACGAGAAGCUGGCAGGCUGACGAACAGGCAGUUCACAGGACGGACUUUCUGGCUACUGACCAUUUAGCUGUGGCAUACCCGGAUUGUGUGUGGGUGGGAAAUCGACCAUGAGCUCCGUGGCAGUUUUGACCCAGGAAAGUUUUGCUGAACAUCGCAGUGGGCUUGCUCAGCAGCAAGUGAAAGUUGCAGCUUUAAAUGCUGAAGAAGAGAAUGACCCUCCAACUUACAAGGAUGCCUUCCCCCCUCUCCCUGAGAAAACCGUGUGUUUGGAGCCAGCCCAGGAACCCGCUGGUGCCUGGAGCAAAAUCCGGCCAAUCAAGGCUUCUGUCAUCACUCAGGUGUUCCAUGUACCACUGGAAGAGAGGAAAUACAAAGACAUGAACCAGUUUGGAGAAGGGGAACAGGCCAAAAUCUGCUUAGACAUCAUGCAGAGGACGGGGGCUCACCUGGAGCUGUCUCUUGCAAAAGAUCAGGGGCUCUCAAUCAUGGUUUCUGGCAAGCUGGAAGCAGUGAUGAAGGCUCGGAAGGAGAUAGUUGCUCGGCUUCAGACACAGGCUUCAGCAACAGUGCCUAUUCCCAAGGAGCAUCACCGUUUUGUCAUUGGCAAAAAUGGAGAGAAGUUGCAGGACCUAGAGCUCAAAACUGCCACUAAGAUCCAGAUCCCCCGCCCAGAUGACCCCAGCAACCAGAUCAAGAUCACCGGCACCAAAGAAGGGAUUGAGAAGGCUCGUCAUGAGAUCUUGUUGAUCUCUGCUGAACAGGAUAAACGUGCAGUAGAGAGGCUUGAGGUGGAGAAGGUGUACCAUCCUUUCAUCGCUGGCCCUUUCAACAAGCUGGUGAGCGAGAUCAUGCAGGAGACAGGGACUCGCAUAAACAUCCCACCUCCUAGCGUCAACAGGAUGGAGAUAGUCUUCACCGGAGAGAAGGAGCAGCUGGCCCAAGCAGUGGCUCGCGUGAAGAAGAUCUAUGAGGAGAAGAAAAAGAAGACUACCACUAUUGCAGUGGAGGUGAAGAAGUCCCAGCACAAGUAUGUCAUCGGCCCCAAGGGGAACUCCCUGCAGGAGAUCUUGGAAAAAACUGGAGUCUCUGUCGAGAUCCCACCCACUGACAGCAGCUCGGAGACUGUGAUACUGCGUGGCGAACCUGAAAAGCUUGGGCAGGCACUGACUGAAGUCUAUGCCAAAGCCAACAGUUUCACAGUUUCCUCUGUCUCUGCCCCCUCUUGGCUUCAUCGUUUCAUCAUUGGCAAGAAAGGACAAAACCUGGCCAAAAUCACCCAACAGAUGCCAAAGGUUCAUAUAGAAUUCACUGAAGGAGAGGAUAAAAUAACUCUGGAGGGACCCACAGAGGAUGUGAACGUGGCUCAAGAACAGAUUGAGAGCAUGGUUAAAGAUCUGAUCAGCCGGAUGGAUUAUGCAGAAAUCAGUAUUGACCACAAGUUUCACAGGCACCUUAUUGGAAAGAGUGGAGCCAACAUCAACAGGAUUAAGGAUCAGUACAAAGUGUCUGUGCGAAUCCCUCCAGACAAUGAGAAAAGCAACCUCAUCCGAAUUGAAGGAGACCCUCAGGGAGUUCAAGAGGCCAAGAGAGAGCUGCUGGAACUCGCAUCACGUAUGGAAAAUGAACGAACUAAGGAUCUGAUCAUUGAUCAGAAAUUCCAUCGAACUAUCAUUGGGCAGAAAGGUGAACGGAUUCGGGAUACUCGGGACAAAUUCCCAGAGGUUAUCAUCAACUUCCCAGAUCCAUCACACAAGAGUGAUAUUGUUCAGCUUAGAGGACCCAAGAAUGAAGUAGAAAAAUGCUCCAAAUACAUGCAGAAGAUGGUGGCAGAUUUGGUUGAAAACAGCUAUUCUAUAUCUGUUCCCAUCUUCAAACAAUUCCACAAGAAUAUCAUUGGGAAAGGAGGUGCAAAUAUCAAAAAGAUCCGUGAGGAAUGCAACACUAAGAUUGAUCUCCCUGCAGAAAACAGCAAUUCAGAGACCAUUGUCAUCACGGGAAAAAGAGCCAACUGUGAAGCUGCUCGCAACCGGAUUCUCUCCAUCCAAAAAGAGUUGGCUAACAUUGCAGAGAUGGAGGUCUCUAUCCCUUCCAAGCUGCACAAUUCGCUCAUUGGUGCCAAAGGUCGUUUCAUUCGCUCCAUUAUGGAGGAGUGUGGUGGAGUUCACAUUCACUUCCCCACGGAAGGCUCGGGGAGUGAUACUGUCACCAUCAGGGGCCCUGCCCAAGAUGUUGAGAAGGCCAAGAAACAGCUACUGCAGCUAGCAGAGGAGAAGCAAACCAAAAGUUAUACUGUGGACUUGCGUGCCAAGCCAGAGUAUCACAAGUUCCUGAUUGGCAAAGGAGGUGGUAACAUUCGGAAGGUGCGUGACAAUACAGGAGCCCGUAUCAUCUUCCCUACUUCAGAGGACAAAGACCAGGAGCUGAUUACUAUUAUGGGAACAGAGGAAGCAGUCAAGGAGGCUCAGAAGGAGCUGGAAGUGCUCAUUAAGAACUUGGAUAACAUAGUUGAAGAUUCUAUGACCGUGGACCCCAAGCAUCACCGGCACUUUGUCAUCCGGAAAGGGCAGGUACUUCGGACCAUUGCAGAGGAGUAUGGGGGUGUGAUGGUGAGCUUUCCCCGUCCUGGCACACAGAGUGAUAAAGUCAGCCUUAAAGGAGCAAAGGACUGUGUAGAAGCAGCAAAGAAACGCAUCCAGGAGAUCAUUGAUGACUUGGAAGCUCAGGUGACAAUAGAAUGUACCAUUCUUCAGAAAUAUCACCGCUCUAUUAUGGGCCCCAAAGGUUCCAGGAUCCAACAGAUCACCCGUGACUAUGGUGUUCAGAUCAAAUUCCCAGACCGAGAGGAGAACACAGCCUCAACUGCAGAGUUAGUGCAGGAGAAUGGUAAAGAAAGCAGUGAAGGGAAAGAGUCCAAAGAAACAGAUCCUGGCUCACCAAAGAAAUGUGACACCAUCAUCAUCUCUGGCCGUCGAGAGAAAUGUGAGGCAGCAAAAGAGGCCCUGGAGGCUCUUGUUCCAGUUACCAUUGAAGUAGAAGUGCCCUUUGACCUUCAUCGUUUUAUCAUUGGUCAGAAGGGUGUUGGGAUCCGUAAAAUGAUGGAUGAGUUUGAGGUAAACAUCCAAGUUCCUGCCCCAGAGCUUCAGUCUGAUAUCAUCUCUAUAAGUGGACUUGCUUCUAACCUUGAUCGUGCCAAGGCCAGACUAUUAGAAAGAGUGAGGGAACUUCAAGCUGAGCAAGAAGAUCGGGCUUUGAGGAACUUUAAGCUGACAGUCACUGUGGACCCCAGAUACCAUCCUAAAAUCAUUGGCCGGAAAGGUGCUGUGAUCACUCAAAUUCGCACUGACCACGAUGUAAUCAUACAAUUUCCAGACAAGGAUGAUGAAUCCCAGGCUCAGGAUCAGAUCACCAUCACUGGGUAUGAGAAGAAUGCUGAGGCUGCCCGAGAUGCCAUCAUGAAGAUCGUGGGUGAACUGGAACAGAUGGUCUCUGAAGACAUCACUCUGGACCAUCGUGUUCAUGCUCGAAUUAUUGGUGCACGUGGUAAAGCCAUCCGCAAGAUCAUGGAUGAAUUCAAGGUGGACAUCCGUUUCCCCCAGAGUGGAGCUGCUGAUCCAAACUGUGUGACUGUGACCGGACUUCCAGACAAUGUAGAUGAAGCCAUAGAUCACAUCCUGAACCUGGAAGAGGAAUAUCUGGCUGAUGUUGUAGAUAAUGAGGCAAUGCAAGUCUACAUGAAAGCCCCUGCCCAUGAAGAAGCUAGAGCGACAUCAAAGGGAUUUGUGGUGAGAGAUGCCCCUUGGGCCGCAGGCAACACUGAGAAGGCCCCUGACAUGAGCAGUUCUGAAGAUUUCCCUAGUUUUGGAGCUCAGGUGGCACCCAAGACUCUCCCUUGGGGUCCCAAGCGGUAAUGACUUGGAAAUAAUCUGUCCAGCCACCUGCCACAAGGUGCCCUUUCAGAAUCCUGACCUAGUGGCUGGAUCUAGUACAGAUUGCCCAGGGGGGUCUCUUAAUGAAACUAGAGUGCUACCCCUUUUGAGGUUCUCUGUUGUUUCUGUACUUAAGCCUCAUUACGCUUGUUUGACUUUUUCUUUCCUUUUCAUUUUGGAAAAAUGGUCCCACGUUAAUUCCAACCUUAAGUGCAUACAUUUUCUUUAGAAGUUCAACCUCUCGCUUUCAUGUUGGCCAUGGUAUAACCUAACCUCUCAGAUAUAUCUUACAAAGCACUCUAGCCUCCAUUAGGAGAUCUCCUUACUGUGGCUAGGAAUCUUCUUCCUGUCUCACAACCUCAGGAAACACAAUUUCCUUGAUUUUUCUAUAAAGCCAAAAUAUUUGCUCUUUCCCCACCUUGUCCUGUUUCUCCAAGGCCUUAUUUUCAUAGAGUGCAAUCAACUUUCCCUUUCGACUGCCAAAAAAACCCCCCACCCACACCCAUCCAAUAGGAGUGGAAAUUGGUCGGCCAACCUGGAUGGAUGAAGGAAGUAUAGCCUGGAGUUGGAGAAACCCAAGAAGCAGUGUGAGGACCAGGCCCUUGCUUUGCUUCUCUGCCACGCCAAGAGCACCAAAACACUCUCCCCUCUUGGAAUGAGUCUUGAUUUUGCAGCUCAUUGCCAGUAUUCCCCCAUCACUUUUCCGUUCUUCCUUUCCAGCAGUACUAUGGCUUAGUGGAGCCAGAAAACUGACAGUAUUAUUGGGUCUAAUAGAACUUGGUUCAGCUAGAAGUGCUAUGGUAACAUGCCACAGAAGCUAGUGGGUGAUUGUGUAGUGUUGGGAAAGGGUGUGUUACCCCUCUUCUGGGCUUGAUACAGUGAUGGCAUUUAAGUGCCCAGGGGGUUAGGGUGUGUCCUUUUUGCUUUUUACUGUUGCCUUCUUUCUACCUCAAGCCAGUAUAACAGUGGCCUGCUUCUUCAGACAGCCCCUCUUGCUUCCUUUAUCAUGACUGUUGUUCCUCUACAAGCAGAGGAAUGUUUGUGUGGGGCUUCCACUAGGCAACGUGGCAACUAAGAUUUCCCUUCUCUAAUGACAGUCUUAAUUGCUGCCACGAAAUUUGACCUGUAGUCUUGUGACAAAGGUUGGGCUUUGGGUGGAAGCAGGGAAGGAACAGCGCUCUCUUAACCUGAAGGGAAGUUGAAUGUAGUUCAGGCUUAAUAUGAAGCCUCUCUUGCAGGGGAGGACAGAGUACCUACAUUCAGCAAAAAGCUGCUGAUAGUUUGACAGGAAGUGUUCUGUCUCAAACACCUGUAGUUGCUGUAUCUUAGCUGCUGCCAUACAUGAAUACAAGGCUGCUUGUAUCUGAAGCUGCUCUUCCAGCUGUUACAAGGUCUCUCUCUCUCUCUCUGCAGAAGGUGCUGGGGGCAGUGCUGGCUCCUCUGCCAACUCUGUCCACCACAUCCCCACCCCUCCCCUGCCUGGAGCUUCUCUGAGCCAUUUAGCUAGGACCCCAGCCCCAGGGUCACUUAGUCCCCAUAAACGUGUACUGGGUAAAAGUCUGUAGAGCUCUUGUCUUCCCAGACCACUUGCCCACUAAGAAGGUAAAAAGCAUCUUGCUUUAAGCCCGCCCAAGUGAAAGGGGAGAGAUCACUUCUCUGCAGUAAUUCCACUUUGGAGAAGAGCAGGACAAGCCCCUCUCACCAUCUGAGCAGGAGACUGAAACAGGGUAGUAGUGUUUAAUGUCUUGCCGGUGGUACCUGGUGUUUGAAUGUCCCAUUUCACUCACACACGUUAGCCUUGAACUGCUAUUGAGCAUGGCCCCCCACCCCUGCCCUCUGUUCAAAUUGUCGUGCCCAGUACUCCCUCCCCCACCCCGGUCCCCUGUAGUCUGCAGCUGACGCUCUGUGGAGGUGUGCUCCAUGCCCUCUUAAUGUCUUCCAUGUUGUGUUUCCAUGGCAAUGAUCCCUUGGCCUUAACUUUGGAAUUUGGAGAUUAUAUGCAAAACGUGUAUAAAGGCUCAUGAGUAUGGAUGACACUGGAAUUUUAUAAAUUCUAAAAAAACAAAUAAAACCUGAAACAGCUUUGA